GAGUAUGUAUCUAUAAAUAAGAGUAUCUGGCUCGACAGUCUCUCUUCCACUUUGUUUGUUCAACUUUGGGAAGGCCUAUACAGAGUGAGAGAGUGUGUGAGUUGUGGUGGUAGAGGAGAUUUAUGUCGGGAAGGUCUAUACUGAGUUCUUCUUCUCUUCUGAAUGGGGCUUCUCUGCUGAACCUCAACCUAUCCAUCCUCCUCUCCUCCUCAUCUCUCCCGCACAGAACAGCCGCCGUUGACUCCGCCACUUCGAUGCGUUUGACCACCAAAAAGACUCGUUCUGAAGCGGACUGUUUCGGUGGAUUUCAUUUAAACAGACUGUUACACACUUUCCUGAUCUUGAAUCGACUUCUCAUCUAGUGUCCCUUAGUUACUAAGGAGACAACCUUGAGCCUUACCUUAAACCUUCUUGUUUAGAUUCUUAAUUUUUCCCGAGUUAAAUCCCAGGUUUUUACACCUCUUUCGUCUCCGAUUAGUAAAAGAAUGGCGGAUGGUGAAGAGCGAUUCGGGAAGAAAAUGAAACCCGGGAAGAAAGCGAUGCGGAGAAUCCGGAUCGUGUGUAACGACCCGGAUGCCACCGAUUCCUCCGAGGAUGAAGGGGCUUUUGUUGAUGUGAAGAAAAACCCUAAAAAGCUUUUCGUCAGGGAGAUUCAUCUUCCCAUCUCCGUCACUUUCGGUGGUCCUGCGAGUAACAGUAAAACCUCCCCUGAAACGGAGGUCAGUUCUUGUCAAGAUAGCAACACCAAAAAGAGGGCGCCUUUAUUGUUUGUUAAUAACAAUACUCAUUUCAAAAACAAAAUCUCUUCUUCAUCGGUGAAACCCAGAGGAGUUAGGCAGCGGAAAUGGGGGAAAUGGGCGGCGGAAAUCCGGGAUCCCUUCAAGGGGAGGAGGGUGUGGCUGGGCACUUACAACAGUGCUGAGGAGGCUUCUGCAGUUUAUGAAAAGAAACGUCUUGAGAUUCAAGAAGCUAUGGCUAUGGGGGGCAAGAACAGCAGCAAUCACAUUAUAUCCUCCGACGAGGCCGAAGAGGAGGUGGAGGAGGAGGACUCUGCCGCCACGCCUUCCUCUGUUCUGGAAAUGGACUCUCUGAUCUCUGAGUCCAAUAAUGCCCCCCCUGAGAUGAAUGAAGAUCUGCCUGAAAGUCUUUCUUUGGUGGAAGAUAUUGCGUUUGGUAUGGAAUUGGAAUCCCUUCUUGCUGCCGGAGAUGAUUACCCAGAGUGUCUUGUGGAUGAUUUUGUCGGGUUUCCGGUGGGCUUUGAGGACAUUCCUAUGUAUGGUGGUUUUGAAAUGGAGGAUCAGUUGCCUGUUACUUUGCCGGACUUCGACUUUGACUUUGAUUUUGAUGCUUGCAAUGAAGCAUGGAUGGUUGAAUCUCAACCUCCCCCGGUCAUGACGCCACCGCCUUCGCUCAAUAUAGCUUGCCUAUAAUCUUUUUGCAGUAAUAGUUUUAUGGCAUUACUAUUAGUUCUAAAUGUCAAGUACUUAGCAGUUAUAGUAUAGAGAGUUUACAUUUUGUUGCUAUUCAAGAACAGAUAAGUGUGGUUCUUGAGUUAAAUAAUGCGUUUUUGUUUAUUGGUUUGUUUGUUUGGUCAGAAACAGAGUUUUGGGUGAUAGAGUUCCUUGGGUUUUCUCGUGCUAUUUGAGCCGUCCAAGGUUCUUAAGUCUGUUUCAUGGCAGUCCAUUUUUGGGCUUUGAAAGAUAUAUAAAUAUAUGAAUGAGAGAUGUGCUAAUUAUGGAAUUGUUUAUUUUGCCAACGUUGUUCA